CCAUUGUCUUUUUGUGAUUUCUGAUACAUUCAUGAUGGUGCAAGAUAGCAACGACGCCGUUACUUCUCAGUUACUGACGGAGGAAACAACCACCGUCACACACAAACUCACUACUUCCAUUGAAACCCUAACUUCAGCCCCACAGUCAAUACCUACUCUUCCCUUUGAUCUCGUUGCUGAAAUUCUGUGCAGACUUCCCGUGAAUUUACUCUUACAACUUCGGUAUCUUUGUAAGUCUUUCAAUUCUCUGAUCUCUGAUUAUGAUUUCGCCAAAAAACAACUUCGAAUGUCAGCUGCUCGCCACCACCUCAUCGUAAGAUCUCAGAGCAACUUACGUGGACUAUGUCUUCUUGAUUCCCCACUCCCUUCUGUUUUUUCAACUUCUAGGGUUACACUUAAACAGACAGAACUCAAUUACCCUGUUAGUCUCAACAAUGGAUGCCGUUUGAAGGUGUGUUCUUGCGACGGCAUUCUGUGUAUCAACACCACCAGCCCUCAUGAACGUUCUGCUAUUUUGUGGAACCCUUCCUUUAGAAACUUCAAGAUAUUGCCUCCUUUGGAAUUUGAAUGGGAAUACGGUACUGCUCCACCAAUAUAUAGCUUUGGGUACGAUCAUUUCAUUGAUAGUUAUAAGAUCAUUGUUGUUUCCUCAGCAUACUGGAAAACAGAAAAAAUUGAAGUUGGUGUUCAUUCUUUGGGUACUAAUGAUUGGAGAAGGAUACAUGAAAUCCCAAUUUCCGGUAAGAUUUUGGAAUCAGGAAUAUUUGUGAGUGGCACUAUUAAUUGGUUGGUAUUUGAUAUCUCGAACUGGAGUAGUGGUUUGGCUACAAUUGUUUCUCUUGAUUUGGAGAAGGAGUCUUACCGAAUGCUUCCGCAACCUGAUUUGGAGUGGCAUACGUGGAAGAAUAGUUUGGGGAUGUUGAGGGAUUGCUUGUGCAUCUUUGAUGGUAGCGAUGAUAUGUUUUUUGAUGUUUGGAUUAUGAAAGAGUAUGGAAAUAGAGAAUCUUGGACUAAAUUGUACCGUGUUCCUCCUAUGAGAAAUCAUAUUACCAAGGUUUUAUAUAUGUCUGAGGAUGACCAAAUGUUGGUGGAUUAUAAUGAUUCGGGAGUUGCUGUUUACGAUUACAAAAACGGCACUUUUUUGAAUAUUCUCAAGAUUGAAAACCUGAACUGGUGGUUGAUGAACCCAAAAGUCUACGUUGAGAGUUUGAUAUCACCUUAA